AUGGCGAAUUAUAAUCCGACUGGUUUUAUGCCGGGAGGGAUACGAGUGGGUCCCUUGGUUUACAGCAUUCCAAAUGGCUCAAGAUUACCACCUACAAGACCACACUUUACCAUGACACCAAAUGGAUAUGUACCAGGAGUUCACCAUAAUAUAAACGCAAAUUCAUAUGUACCGAAUAUGAUAAUGUCAAAUAACCCAAGAAACGUUAUUCCAAUGCGGAUACCACCCAAACUCUCUUGCAUUGUAAGACUAUUAACUUUUGCAGAAUUUUUAGGAUGUGAUAAUCCGCAAAGCCCAAGGGAUAUCCAAUUCUGGAAAACUUUAGCACACGAGUAUUUUACUGAGGAAAUUACAAUGAAAUAUACAUUACAUAAUAUAAAGAAUAAUGAUAAAAAGAAAUAUGAACUCAAAUAUCAUGUUAUUCCAAGAUUCUAUCUUACAUUUUUUGAAUCUGGAAUAGAAAAGAUACAAAUUAUCCUUGGAAAUCCAAAGGAAACAAUUGGCCCAAUUGGUAAUUUAAAUGGUAUUCAAACCAUAAUAGAUUGCACAUCUGCUUCUAUAGUAUACCAUUUUAGAAAUGGAGUUCAGGUUGCGGCAUCCGGUCGUUUAACGGUCAUAUUUAACAAUAUGCAAAAAAUGACGAGUUAUGAAUUUGAAACUUCAAAGUUUACCGAAUAUGUGCCACGACAUCAUCAAAUAUCAAAAGAAGCGACUGUAAAUGAAUAUGGAAUACCAUUUAAGACAAUGCGAUGCCUAGAUAUCGCAGAGGUUGUUGAUAACAUGCACGAAGUCAUGAGAAAUGCUAUAUUCAAUCCACAACUUGGACCACUACGUAAUUAUAAAUUUCUUGCAUCAGCCCCAACACCAACUGCGAAUCCUACACCUAAUCCUACACCCACUCCAACACCUACACUAACUCCUUCACCUCUGGUAACUAACCCUAAUGGAAUUAUAAUGGGUUCCCCUAUCCAAAAACUUUCAAAAAAAUCUCCGGCCCUAAGUGAUCUAAGUCUUAAAAGAGGCAAUGAUAACGGGUCAGCGGCAAGUAAAAAACGUAGGUCAACAACACUUAAGACCUCUCCGAGAAAGAACGCGUAA